AUGGCACUGGCGGCCCUUCAACCGGCUGAGGAACAUGCUCAGAAACAGCAGGAGGAGGCUCCGCGUGGAGGCGAUCAGGACGCAGCGGGAGAAGCAGGGGACAGAGGUGGCCGUCGAGGAGUCCGCCCCGCCAGGGACGCCGCCGCGCCCCUGGACGGAGUCGGAGCGGACGAUCCCAUGGUUCCCUCCUCGGACGAGAGCGACUGGGUGGUCAGGCUCGAGCAGUCGUUCAACAUUUUCGCCACGGAUUCGGUGAUUAUGGUACUCAAGGGCGUGUACCGUGAUCGGUACUACGCCAGGUUCUUUGCGCUGGAGACGAUUGCCAGGGUGCCGUAUUUCGCGUUCAUAUCGGUGCUUCACAUGUAUUCGACCUUUGGCUGGUGGAGACGAGCUGAUUAUAUAAAGGUUCACUUUGCGCAGAGCUGGAACGAGUUCCAUCACCUCUUGAUCAUGGAAGAAUUGGGUGGCAACUCUUUAUGGAUUGACUGUUUCCUUGCUCGGUUUAUGGCGUUUUUUUACUACUUCGUGACUGUUGCGAUGUACAUGCUGAGCCCACGAAUGGCAUUCUUUUGUGAUGAUAACGCUUGCACCCACGAAUGGAGUACAUAUCACUUUUCUGAAUGUGUGGAGAGACAUGCGUAUUCCACCUAUGACGAGUACGUCAAGCUCCAUGAAGAGGAAUUGAAACGAAUACCAGCUCCAGAGGCAGCAUUAAAUUAUUACCUGAAUGAAGACCUUUACUUAUUCGAUGAGUUUCAGGCAUCAAGAAGUCCAGGUUCUAGGAGGCCUAAAAUAGAUAACUUAUAUGAUGUAUUCGUCAAUAUACGAGAUGACGAGGCAGAGCACUGCAAGACAAUGAAGGCCUGUCAAACACAUGGAAAUCUUCGUUCUCCUCACUCAACGCCGAACUGCUUAGAAGAUGAUACGGAAUGUGUAAUACCUGAAAAUGAUUGUGAAGGUAUUGUGGACUGUGUCAAAAAGUCCCUUACAAAGUAA